CCUCAUCCAAAUUUUUCGACUUCCUGUCUGAAGUUGAUAGCGGAGAUAGGCGAAGAGGGUCAUAAUAAGACAGAAAAAUACAACAGCUUACUUAAAUUUGUGCCAGUAUUAUCGUAUAUAUAGGUUUCUUAAGCUUCCAGAAAUAACUGUUAUCCCACAGACACAAUGAUCCGCUUCAUCCUGAUCCAGAACCGCGCAGGCAAAACCAGGUUGGCCAAGUGGUACAUGCAGUUUGAUGACGACGAGAAACAAAAGCUCAUUGAGGAGGUGCACGCCGUGGUGACAGUUCGUGAUGCCAAGCACACUAAUUUCGUGGAGUUCCGAAACUUCAAGAUUAUCUAUAGGCGUUAUGCUGGCCUGUACUUCUGCAUUUGUGUGGAUGUGACAGACAACAACCUGGCAUACCUGGAGGGCAUUCACAACUUUGUGGAGGUUUUGAACGAGUAUUUCCACAAUGUGUGCGAGCUAGAUCUGGUGUUCAACUUCUAUAAGGUGUACACGGUGGUGGAUGAGAUGUUCCUGGCAGGAGAGAUCCGGGAGACCAGCCAGACCAAGGUCCUGAAACAGCUCCUUAUGCUGCAGUCAUUGGAGUAGACGUCCAUUUUGGAAAACUCUAUCCCCCCUUCAGAGCCCUAUUCCUGGUAAUUUGGCAGUACCUGCUCCCUCCCUCCCACACAAAAUUACCCCCUUUCAUUGGUAUUACCAUGGAGCAGGCUCCUCCUGUUGGCUGACCUGUUGACCUGCCCUCUUCAGCAGGAUUGUCCUGUCUCCCGUUUAACCUAUCAGCUAGAUUCAGGAAUUGAUGGUAUCUCGCACUACCAAAAGUUAUGAGCAUCAAGGGGCCUGCAAACUUCCACACUAACUUGUUCCAUAAUGCAGACAACCAUUGCCAACACGUUUAGCAUUUAAAUGGAAUAGCGUACUAAGUCAUGGUACAAUGUAAAGCCUUAGUUGUCUUAAUUGUUAUGGCUGCUCAGUUCCACUGAGGGCACCCUUCACAAUGAUUCAUUGAAACUGCGUGCAAAGUUUUGCAUUCAAGUAUGUUCUGUUGUUAAUGAUGAUCUUAAGUUGUACAGUCCUAUCCUGCUGCUGCUGCUGGUGUUCACUGGUCUUGCCAAAAUACUAAAGUCCCCUUGUGUCAAACAAGACAACCACUGAAUAGAAAAUUAUUAAUCAAGUAUACAGUGCUUUUUUCUGUGAUACAUUUCUGUACUGUGUGUAUAUACAUGUAUACACACCUAUCAGCGUUUUUGUAUGAAUCGGGCAGCGUGUUAGUUCUAUCCCCCCAGGGCUGACUUUUGCUUCACAUUGUCUCAGCAUGGUCACCAGCAGAAGGGAGAAGAUCGUCCUUCCUGUGUGACAUUGCAGUGCAGACAGUGGCUCUUGUGUAGUGUCACACAGAUACUCAGAGUGGCCUGAAACAGAGGUACAGCCUUCAGGAUCAUUGCAAACAUGUGCUGUCAAGUUGAAAUGACCCUGACCAGGAUGGAAUUAUGUGUGUGGGGAGGAGAUGGAACUAAACACAUUUGCCUGAGUGAUGCAGGCAGUGCUCCAGGGACAGGCUGAGAGGAUGUUAAAAUCCACAUGGUGACUGGCUUCCAACAACCUUCUGAGACCAUUUUAGGUUUUCCAUUGAAAAACAACUGCCUGAACUGGAACAAGGCACUGCAUGCUAGUUCCUUCACCUGAGCCCUGUAUUAUUGAUGGCACCAUGGGUUCACUUCACUAGCUUAUGAGAACUUUAAUUCUGUUUCCUCAGCCUGUCCCCCAUUCUGUCUGCAUAGAAGUGAAACCAGCCAAAUUCUGGGUAGUAGUUAGAAUGAUGGAGGUCUUGCUGAAAACCUGUAGUGAGGGAUGUAGGGAUGAAGGAAGGAAACUGAGGAGGAGCCCAGGACUGGCUGGUUGUACCUUUGCUCUUGUUGAGGGAUGUAAUGUGGCACCACAGCAUCACCCAUUUGGGGACCAGAGCAGGAAAAAACCUCCUUUACUGCCUCUUGUGGUAAGAGGUCUAAACUUUGCCAGUGUUGAGAGCUCUGGUGCAUCCUCUUUCACACUGGACACACAAAGUUAUGUUGUAUUUAGCAUUUUUUGGUUUAUGAACUUACACACAUGGCUGAAAGUGACUAUUCAAGUACUCCCCUGUCCCAUCCCCCUUGAGCGGUAGUGGUGUGUGUGUAUGUGUGUAUUGCUGGUCUUGUCAUGUUGCUGAAAUUUACCACCAUUCUAUUGAAGU